AUGGGCACUGUCGCAGAUCCGUCCGCCGAUCAUGGCGCGGCCAUCAACAAAAGAAGUGAAGAUGCCGAUGACAACUCGCAGGAUAUAAGCCGCCAAGAACAAGGCGAGUUGCAGCAGAAUGAUUUUGAUGUUGAGACAGUGGAGCGGGUGUAUCGUAAACUCGACUGGAGGAUUAUUCCACCAUUCUGGCUUCUCUACUUCCUCUGCUCAGCCAUUCGGUCCAAUAUUGGCAUCGCGCAGACCAUGAACGCAUCAGAGAAGCAUGACCUCAUGUCGGUUCUCCACCUGACGGCCAAAGAUACCUCAACUGCUCUGGCGCUGUUCUACGUCUCCUAUGUCAUUUUCGACUUCCCGUCCAACCUGGUCAUGAGCAAGCUUAGUCCACGACUAUGGAUGGCCCGCAUCGUCUUCGCGACCAGUCUCGUCGGCGCGUGCUUUGCAGCUGUUCAGAGCGCAUGGAGCGUGAAACUCUUGCGAUUUUUGCUGGGAAUGGUGAUUGCCGGCAUGUGGCCUGGUAUGGCUUUCUAUCUUACACUAUUCUACCCACCCUCUAGAACAGGGAAAAGAAUUGGCAUGUAUUUCACCGCUUCUCAGGUCUCUGCUGCAGUCGUCGGCCUUGUGUCGGCCGGGUUCCAGCUGAUGGAUGGCGCUGGUGGACUGGUUGGAUUUCGGUGGAUGUUCUUGAUUUACGGAUUGGUUGGCAUUGUUUUGAGCAUUUCGCUGCUUUGGUGGCUGCCUGACCGGCCCCUGGCACCGGGACAAGUGCGACAGCGAUCAAAGUGGUUUGCCUGGCUGCCAAAGACCCCAGAGGCUUUGACCGGCCAAGACGCGGUUGUUCACUACCAGGAUUUGCGACGAGUAUACCACUCCAGAUCGUGGACAAUGAAGGACCUCGGCCUGGUUCUUCUGGACUGGCGACUGUGGCCGCUGACACUCAUGUACUUUGGCGUUGUUGGCGUCGGCAUUGGCACGCAAUUAUACGGAUCUGUCAUCAUCGCAGCGAUCCAGCCCCAGGCAAGCGCAAUAACAGUUAGUUUGCUGUUUGCGCCGAUCUGGAUUAUGGAUCUCAUUGCUAUCCUUAUUGUGACCCCCCUGUCAGACAGAUUCCACAGCCUCCGAGCAUUCUUCUUCUCCGGCGCAGUCUGCAUCCAAAUCGCCGGUCUUCUCACCACCACCUUCGCCCUAAGCAAUGGCUGGGCUCGAUACGGCGGCCUCCUCAUGGUUGGCUUCGGCCUCGGCCCCACGGUACCGAUCUGCAUGGCAUGGAGCUCAGAGAUCUUCCAGCGUCGACACGGUGAAGUCGGCGUAGCCGCAGCCACGGCCUUGGUUUCAGGGCUAGGAAACCUAGGCAGCAUCAUGACCACCUACGCUCUCUACACGGGGUGGCCAGAAGACGCAAAGAAGGGCCUGCACCAGUUCCGCAAGAGCAACCUGACCAUGAUCGGAAUCCUGUGCCUCAGCAUCGCCAGCGCCCUCGUCAUGACAGUCUUGCUACGAGUGUUUGGCAAUCCGCCCAGCACAAAGCUGUACGACGACUCUUCCAGCGAGUUUGAAGACGGCGCCGCCAGACGAGAGACGCAGCAGCGCGGGUUCGGCAAGCUGGCGAAGUGGGCUCGUCGAAAUUAG